UGGAGAGUGACGCUGGCUGCUGCGCCUCGGUGCCGAGCGGAGCGCUUACCUGCAGAUGAGAGAGCCGGGGAGGGGAGAACUCGGGGCAGAGCUGCAGCAGCACACUCGCGGAGCGCACGAGAGGGACGUAACGAGCAAGUCCCGAGCAAACGAGGACGGGAAUUAACUCGUGCAAUUACCGGAGAAUCAUUACGCAUCUACCCUUUCUUUCUGGUGCCUCGUCCAGGCAGUACUGGCUCGCUCGCUCGCCACGAUGAGAACCGACUUCGCUCUGGUCCUGACAGCAGCCCUUCUUCUGGACUCAUUCCCGAGGAAUAAUGGCGAGCAUGCUUCCAGAGGUCCCUGCCGACCUGGCUUCUCACAAAGCUUCUACUCUGUGCUGAUUUCAAGGGAUGUACUGCAAGGCCAGGGCAUACGCAAAGAUACCACAGUGUCAUCACAAAAAGUGGAGUUCGAUGACUGCGUGGGGAAUGAAGCUGUCGUAUUCCAGAGCAGCGACCCAAUCUUCAGCGUGCGGACAGAUGGGUCCAUCUUUGCCCAGGGAGAGGGAGCCAGCCUGGACGAGCCGGUCCAGUUUAAACUGACAGCGAGCGGUCCAAGCACACAUGUCUGGGAGGCCGUGGUCCAACUGGCCCUAAUUGACCCACCAUCACUUCUGCAAAAUGGAAAUGAGGUCACAGAGGAAGAGGGGAAGGUUGCAGAGGGAAAGGAGAGGAAGGAGGCGUCCCAGGCACCGCCUCCUGUCAUCAUGUUCUCCGGUUCCAGCCCGAACAGCUCCAGGGGUCUACGGAGGCAGAAGAGGGACUGGGUGAUCCCACCAAUCAAUGUGGCAGAGAAUUCUCGAGGACCGUUCCCUCAGAUGCUCGUCAGCAUUCGUUCAGACCAGGACAAGGACAUCUCGAUCAGAUACAGCAUCACCGGGGUGGGAGCAGAUCAACCACCCAAUGAGGUGUUCAAUAUCGACCCCGUGAUUGGAAAGAUGUUCGUCACCAAACCUCUCGAUCGAGAACAUCGCUCUUCUUACCAUCUGCGAGCCCAUGCCGUGGACAUGAAUGGGAACCAGGUGGAGAACCCCAUCGAUCUGUACAUCUUUGUCAUCGACAUGAAUGACAACAGACCCGAGUUCAAAAACCAGGUCUACAAUGGCUCCGUGGAUGAGGGCUCUAAACCAGGCACGUAUGUGAUGCACGUGUCGGCGUUUGACGGCGACGACAACACCACAGCUAACGGAAUGGUGCGCUAUCGAAUCCUGUCCCAGACGCCGCACAGCCCCAUCCCCAACAUGUUCACCAUCAACAGCGAGACGGGAGAUAUCGUGACUGUGGCGCCUGGUCUCGAUCGAGAGAAAGUCUCCCAGUAUACCAUCAUCGUGCAGGCCACGGACAUGGAGGGCAACCUGAACUUUGGCCUUUCCAACACAGCCACUGCCAUCAUCACUGUGUCGGACAUCAACGACAACCCUCCCAUGCUGACCUCCAGAACCUUUUCCGGUGAGGUCCCAGAGAACCGCGUGGAUCUUGUGGUGGCUAAUCUGACGGUGAUAGAUGCCGACCAACCGCACUCGCCUAACUGGAACGCCGUCUACAGGAUCAUCAGCGGAGACCCAUCAGGGCACUUCACCAUCCGCACUGACCCGGUCACCAACGACGGCAUGGUCACCGUGGUGAAGCCAGUAGACUUUGAGAUGAACCGUGCCUUCAUGCUGACGGUGGUGGUGUCCAACCAGGCCCACCUGGCCAGUGGCAUCCAGUCGUCGCUCCAGUCCACAGCUGGGGUCACCAUAUCUGUCCAGGACGUCAACGAACCCCCUUACUUCCCCACGAACCCGAAGCACAUCCGCUUUGAGGAGGGCGUCCCUGCUGGCACCAGCCUGACGACUUUCUCAGCUUCCGAUCCCGACCGACUACAGAUGCAGCAGACAAUCAGGUAUUCAAAGCUGAACGACCCGGCGGACUGGUUGUCCAUCAACAGAACCAAUGGUCAGAUCGUAACAACGGCCAUGCUCGACCGGGAGUCUGUCUAUGUCAAAAACAAUAUAUAUGAAGCCACAUUCCUGGCAACAGACAAUGGCUCUCCUGCAGCCAGUGGAACAGGCACGCUGCAGAUCUAUCUGAUAGACAUUAAUGACAACCCCCCGGCGCUCAUACCCAGGGAGUCUCAGAUCUGUGAGCGGGUGAACAAGAACGUCCACGGUGUCAACAUCACUGCCGCUGACGCUGACACAGACCCUAACGCUGGACCCUUUGUCUUCGAGCUGCCCAACUUUCCCAGCAGCAUCCGGCGCAACUGGACGAUUUCUCGGAUCAGCGGUAACUACGCUCGUCUAGGGCUGCGGUACCAGAUAUAUUUAGAGCCGGGGGUGUAUGAGGUCCCUGUAAUUGUGUCGGACUCGGGCAACCCUCCGUUGUCCAACAGGUCAGUCAUCAAAGUCAAGGUGUGUCCCUGCGACGAACACGGAGACUGCACCACUCUCGGGGCCGUGGCUGCCGCCGGCCUGGGGACCGGAGCCAUCAUCUCCAUCCUCAUCUGCAUCAUCAUACUCCUCUGCAUGGUGCUGUUGUUUGUGGUGUGGAUCAAGCGCAGAGAGAAGGAGAGGCACACCAAGCAGCUGCUUAUUGACCCUGAAGACGACGUCAGAGACAACAUCCUCAAAUACGAUGAAGAGGGAGGAGGAGAGGAAGACCAGGACUACGACCUGAGCCAGCUGCAGCAGCCUGACUCCUUGGAGCACAUCAUCAGCAAGCCGCCUGGUGUCCGCAGGGUGGACGAACGUCCCAUCAUCCCUGAGUCUCAGUACCCAAUCAGACCCGUCGUGCCCCACCCUGGAGACAUCGGGGACUUCAUCCACGAGGGUCUGCGAGCAGCAGACAACGACCCCACAGCUCCUCCGUAUGACUCCCUGCUGGUGUUUGACUAUGAGGGCAGCGGCUCCACCGCCGGCUCCGUCAGCUCCCUCAACUCGUCCAGCACGGGGGACCAGGACUAUGACUACCUCAACGACUGGGGCCCCCGCUUCAAGAAGCUGGCUGACAUGUACGGUGGAGGGGAUGAUUAAAUCUGACCAGUCACACACACACACUCGCACACGCACACAAACACACACACACACGCCCUCGUCCCGUCAGCUGGCCUGUCAUGCUCUGUCCCUGUAACACACGGGGCUGCUACACCCUUUUUGAACACAAGUUAACAAUGACAUGUUCACACUGACCAACUGACUGACCAACCAACCAAUCAAAUUACCCACCACAGAGGGCCGGUGUCGUGAGUCCAUUUCGGGUGCUCUUCUCAACCGUCUCCUGCUCUAAGCCUGUCUGAGACUGAAGCGGAAGAUCUGAAUUGCAGGCUUCUCAUAGUUUGUAUUUCCAAGUGCUUGUGCUUUUAGUUUAUUUUAGUUUUUAUGCUAGAUGUAGGUUUUCGUUUGUGUGGCUUCUUUUCUUCUUUUUUUGUCACCGCUCCCUUUUGAUUCGAGCCGUUCCCUAUUCCUGAGGGUUUUCACUUUUCCCUCGCUUUCAGACCCCGCCUGCCUCUCUGCAGAAGCUUUAGGUUGAGCCGCUCGCUUCGUCUGAGGGGGAACAAAGGGGAAACAAAAGAAGAACACAGAUAUGAAAGUCCUUCCUGCACGGAGGGCCCUGGUUUAUUCUUUCUUGAACUUGAAUUACUUAGAACAGAAGCACUGUUGUUUAAAAAGUGCCUUCAGUGGUGCGUAUUAUAGCAGACUCCCGCUAACUCAGGAUUGGUUGCCAUUUUCUGGGCUUACAUGCCUCCAUAUAUGACCCCUGACCCUUUAACUCAGACCUUCCCUUGUCAUUUCUGUCGUCCUGCAGGGCUGUGGUAGCUGCAGGAGAAGUCAGUGCCGAUUUCAGAUGAGCAUUGACUGGCUUACGAGGGCGCUUUUGUGUAGACGUACUGUACAUAGGCCUACAGUGUGUCUGUAAGUUAUGGACGAAUCAUUAACUUUUCAAGUCAGGCGCAUCUGUGCUCCUAAAUCACAGCCAACUUGAAUGUGAUGACUGAAAUCACACAAAAAUACACUAUGGGACUGUCUUAGAGAAGAAAUGCAUUGCGUGUCUUUGUUUAUUGUGGCUUCAACAGCAGCUGUGUUUGUUUUGAGCUAUCAGUAUUUGCACAACAUUUUUUUUUUGAAGAUUGACAAGUCAUGUGUGUGUUUCCUAAUGUUAUUGUAUAUGAAGUACGUAUAUGAGGGUUAUUUAAGGAGACGUUGCCUUUGAGACCAUUCAAAGUUUGCAUGUGUAUCCCUUCACCCAAAGGUAGUUAACAUGGCACCAGUUAUUGUGUGGGUAAAUGUGUCCGAGAAAACUAUGUAAACUGUACAAACACGAGGGGAAAGAAAAGUCUAGAUGAGUUCAAAUAGCUGCGAUAGCAUUACAUGCAGAGUUGUGAGCCAAGAGAUUGCUUUCUCUCUUUUAUUUUUUUUAUUCUUUUGUUGAUUCACUGUUGUUUCUCAGCAAACUUUUAAUGUACCAACUUUGCUGCUGGUCCCUGUCACAGAGACUGGGGGAAGUUGAGCCUCAGCCAGAGUUUUAGCGCUCUUACAAUCUGUCUCUCUUCAGGCGGCGUUUCAUUCAUCUGAAAUUUUCUCCUGAAAUGUUUUGGCUGCAAGUUCAAGAGGUUUUGAGGAGAAAACAGAGGGAAGGGAAAAGUCUGUUAUGAAGUUCUGCAUUUUAUCAAAGCAGACUUGCCAAACUAAAGCUUCGGUUAUAGCGCCGUAAAAGACGGAACAUUUUAAGAGACAGUUACGUUGUGUCUUAAUGGAAACGCAGCACUACCCAUGGGCUUCUGUAAUCACAUGUCAGACCCCCACAACCGCUUAUAGAGAAGUGGAGAAAAAAAAAAAAAAGAGCUUUAGUCUUUGUGUUGAAUUAUUUAAAUGUGCAAAACAUUUCAAAGUCAGAGGUUUAAUCAUUCCUUAUCUUCUGAGUGUCCAUUGAAAUCUCCUCCGUUGUAGCCGGUUUCAGCUUGACGUAGAUUGAGCAGAUCUAUUAAUUAUGAAUCUGCAGAAUGCUUACAGGGAUCCUCCCCCCCCCCUCUCAUUGUUUCUCCAGCUGCUCUUCAACUCCUCCUCACAUGCUCAUGGUUAAAAACUAAGAAUCUUUAGUUUUCACAAAUGGUAAUAAAAAGUGUAACUAUUCUUUCAGAGGGGAUUAUUAAAAGGAAUUUACUUGUGACACAAGAUAUAAAUGGAAAAUUAUCAUGUUCAUGAAACUAUUCAUGGUGCCAUAAUAAUGAAAUAAGGAUGGGGAAGGAAGGUCAUAGUACAAUUAAUAAGGUUGACACGGUAGGAAUCUCUUGAUUUAGAUGAAUACAUAAAUGGGGGAAGAUUGCACCUUGUGGUGUUGAAACUGACAGCGGUGAUUCUCUGGAUAGCUGUCAGCUGAGAGUGGAAACAACGAGUAGACGUGAGAAGUGAAGUCGUUUCUAUCGCUUGCUGCUGGACAAGCUCUGAUCUAUCCGAUUGCUCCACAGCCUACAGAAUAUCUUCACAAAAUAAACACAGCUGUUACUUUCUGCUAUUUGUGAUUAUUUCUGACAUGUUGUAUAUACAGAACAUUUUUAUACAUUUGGUAACAUGAUUUAUCCGUUUCUGUGUCGUCUAUGCAUUUUCUUUCACCCCAGUUUUGUUUUUACUGAAUACUUGGGCAAGGUAUAUGUCACCACAAAAAGCCAUGUGCAUUUAAGAGGAUCUGUAUGAUUCUCCGAGAGCUUACAGCCAUACGUGGCUGUUCAAGUUUGGCUUCAUCGCGGUGAAAAGGUUUCACUUCAAACCAACUUGUACAGUCUAUACUAGCACACACUCACGCCUCUAGGCCUUACUGUAUAUACGUGAGUGUUCUAUAUAUUAUAUGAGCCCUUUCAGCGUCGUUCGAAUUCAGCUGCAGAGCUGCAACACGAAGGCCAUUCAGUGUUCAUAAAGACUUGCUAAACGAAUUUCUCAUUCUUUUUGAUCAGAUUUUCAGACCUGGUUUAGGGCCAAACAUAGCAAGAGGCCCCCACACACACACACACACACACACACACACACACUAUACGCAAGGUAACAAUUAUAACUGUGUCAUACAUACAUACGUGACACAAUGCCAUUAUGAUGCUGAAUGUUAUCAAUGACUCGCAGUGACACGUGACCGCUAAUCAUCAGUGGAGUCGGUCACACUUGACUCCCCAUUUAAAUGCAAUUUGUGAGGGGAAACGAAGGUUUAUUGAUCAUUACUUGUUACGUACUUGGUCCACUUGUCGUAUUGACGUUCUCUUUCUCAAGUUAGAGGAGAAUUAGCAAAUAAUGUAAUGAUGGAAGAACUACUGCCCCUGCUGUAGUCCACCACUGUCUUCUGACUGUGUCAACAACGGCUCUCCUGCCUCUCUGACCGGUGUUAGCUCAAGGACACUUGGUCUCACUCGGGACACUGCCUGACCAUGGACACACACACACAUGACGGGAGGCUCCAGCAGAAGCCAGAACUACAAAGACAGGCAGACAAGACAGCCAACUGUUUCAUAUGAGUUCUCCCAAUACUGCUCAAGUCCAAGUGUACAUAAUUUAGUAUUUGCUUGAAGCUAAACAGACGAAGUUAGGCAGACUGUACCUGUACAAUUGGAGCUUUUUGCAUGUGUCUUUUUAUAAUGGACAGAUGAGUUCUAUUACAGUAACCAUACAACAUUUUAAGAUGUGUUGCAGCCCGCAUGACCAGGGUUGCCCUCCAGAAGGGAUUCUGGUGUACCAUACUCGCAUAGUUUCAAGCGGAGGAGAAAAAAAAGCUGAAAAAAUGAUUGCACAGUUAUCGAGUCAAAAUACUUUUUUUGUAAAUUGUCAACAGCACAAAUAUUUUGUAUUGUUGUUUGUACCAUUUUGUAAGAAAACUAUGAACAAAAAAAAAAAAAAAAAAAGGGAAAGAAUCUGUUGUUUCAAGCGUGUGUUUAUAGUGCCACUGCAAUCUUGGUUUCCAAAUACCGUACAGUAAAUGCGCAGCCUUGCAGAUCAACCUUGUAAUAUAGACGCUGAGCCUGGACUCCCUGUCAGCACCAUGUGUUAUCAAUAAAAAAAUUCCCCUCCUUAUAAGAA